AUGGAGCAGGGAGCUCAGGCCAAGAUGAACGGGCUGGCCCAGCCCAAGGGCCAGGGGAGGAAGAAGGGGCUGGUCAAGACUGGACAGAGCAGCGCCGGCCUGGCCCCCAAGCCACCAAAAGAGGCGGCCCCUUCCAGGGCCCGGAUCCUGGACCCCUCUGGAGACCCCUACUCCCGCUGGCUGAACGUCAUGGUGGUCCCCAUCAUGUACAACUGGAUCAUUCUCAUCUGCAGGUCCUGCUUCCCAGAACUCCAGCAGAAGUAUGUGCUGCUCUGGCUGACCCUGGAUUACGCCUGUGACCUCCUCUACCUGGUGGACAUCGGGGUGCAUUUCCAUACGGGGUUCCUGGACCAAGGGAUCCUUAUUGGCGACCGGUCCCAGAUCUCCCGGUGCUACAUGCGCUCCUCCGGCUUCCUUUGGGACCUUUUCUCGGUGCUUCCCACGGACCUCUUGUAUUUGUGGCUGGGCCUGGGCAUGCCCGCUGUCCGGGCCAACCGCUUCCUCCGGACCCCCCGGCUUUUUGAGGCCUUCGACAGGAUCGAGACGCGCACGGCACACCCCAACUCCUUCCGCAUCACCAAGCUGAUGCUGUACAUUUUUGUCACCAUCCACUGGAACAGCUGCAUCUACUUUGCGCUCUCCAGCUUCAUUGGCUAUGGGGUGGAUGAGUGGGUGUACCCCAACAUGAGCUCUCCCGGCUUCGACACGCUGGUGCGCCAGUACCUCUACAGCUUCUACUUCUCCACCCUCAUCCUGACGACGGUGGGCGACACACCUAUGCCUCAGCGGGAAGAGGAGUACCUCUUCAUGGCCACGGACUUCCUCCUGGCCGUCAUGGGCUUUGCCACCAUCAUGGGUAGCAUGACCUCCGUCAUCUCCAACAUGAACCAAGCCGAUGCCGCCUUCUACCCCAACUACGACCUGGUGAAGGGCUACCUGCACGCCCACCGGGUCAGCCGCCGGCUCCAGAACCGCGUGGUCAACUGGUACCAGCACCUCCAGAUGGAGAAGAAGAUGACCAAUGAGCUGGCCAUCCUCCAGCACCUGCCGGAGCGCCUGCGGGCCGAGGUGGCUGUCAGCGUCCACCUGCCCACCCUGCGCAAGGUCCAGAUCUUCCAGAACUGCGAGCAAAGCCUGCUGGAAGAGCUUGUGCUGAAACUCAAGCCCCAGGUCUAUAGCCCCGGGGAGUACGUCUGCAGGAAGGGCGACAUUGGCAGAGAGAUGUACUUCAUCCGCGAGGGGCAGCUGGCCGUGGUGGCCGACGACCGGGUGACCCAGUUCGCCGUCCUGGGAGAGGGACUCUACUUUGGGGAGAUCAGCAUCAUCAACAUUAAAGGGAAUAAGUCGGGGAACCGGCGCACGGCCAACAUCAAGAGCAUCGGCUUCUCAGACCUCUUCUGCCUGUCCAAGGAGGACCUGACGGAGGUGCUGGCCGAGUUCCCCAAUGCCAAGACCAUGCUGGAGGCCAAGGGCCGAGAGAUCCUGCUGAAGAUGGACAAGCUAGACGUCAACGCCGAGGCUGCGGAAAUCGCCCGGCAGCAGGAGGAGGAGUGGCGGACGGCAGCCCUGGAGGAAGGUCUGGAUGCCCUACAGACCAAGCUGGCCCGGGUCUUGGCCGGCCUGGAAUCCAGCGCCUUCAAGAUGGCCCUGCGGCUGGAGCGGCUGGAGUGGCAGAUGCAGGUGUGGGGCGGGGAGGAGAUGCAGGAGUUGGGUCAGGCAGAAGGUGGGGAGCCAUAG